AUGGAUCGGAAGAAAAAACCAAACACGGUAACAGACUACAACUGUAUGAAGUGUGGUGUCGACAUCAUGGACCAGAAGGUGCGUGCGUACACGGUGUGUGCAGGAACACGCCGGUGGCCAUUUGCCGUGUUCUACAACAUCCUUGACCUGGCAGUGAUGAACGCCCACAUUCUGUACAAGCACUUUGUUCUCACACAGUCUCCCCUGGAUGAACCGGUGGUGCUGCCUGACGAAGUCAUCUUCCCCUUGACUGUGUCCCUUGACAAGCUCCCUGUCAGCACCCUCAAGGUCAAGGUCAUCGUAACCGUGUGGAAGCGGGACGUGGAGAAAGCAGAGGUCAGAGAGCACGGAUACCUCACCGUCCUGCAGCAGCGCAGCCCCAGUCAUACCUUUCGGCAUGACCUUAACACCUUCAAGGCGCAGGUUAGCACCACGCUGACUGUUUUGCCACCCCCUACUGUAAAGUGUCAGCAGAUGACCGUGUCUGGGAAGCACCUCACUGUCCUGAAAGUGUUAAACGGGUUCUCCCAGGAGGAGGUCUGCGUGCGAGAUGUGCGGAUCCUUCCCAACUUCAAUGCCUCGUACCUCCCUGUGAUGCCAGACGGCUCCGUGCUCCUUGUCGAUAACGUGUGCCACCAGUCCGGUGAAGUUGCCAUGGCGUCCUUCUACCGGAUGGACAGCCUGUCCAGCAGCCUUCCGAGCAUGCUCAGUGCACUUGAGGAACAUAACUUCCUCUUCCAGCUUCAGCUCAGCGACCAGCCUCAGGAAGACUCAAAGGAGGGGUUGGAGGUGCCCUUGGUAGCUGUCCUCCAGUGGUCCACAUCUAAACUUCCAUUCACCAACUGCGUCUAUACACAUUACAGGCUGCCCAGUGUAAGGCUGGACCGGCCACGCUUCGUCAUGACCGCCAGCUGCCCCAGUGCGGUGGAGGUGCGGGAGCGCUUCCGUGUCCGCUACACGCUGCUCAACAACCUGCAGGACUUCCUAGCCGUGCGUCUGGUGUGGACCCCUGAGGGUCGCGGCCCAUGUGAGGACCAGUCGGUCAGCGCAGUGGUGUGUCAUUCUCCUCUCAGCAACCUGGGUCACUGCCGAAAGGGCAGCACCUUGUCCUUCACUGUGGCCUUCCAGAUCCUGAGGGCCGGGCUCUUCGAGGUACUCUGAGCCCCGUGUACACGCACACACCGGUGUCGGGAGGACCUGCUGCGUGGGUGAAGCCGAGCAUAAUUCUAGUAGCCUUGUCAUGGCUUAUGUCAUUGCACCUUAUGCAACCAAAUGCGAGUGAGUAUUAUUUUGUACUAUAUUAACUUGUACUGUUUAGCCCAUGGGAGUUUUGUUUUAAACAAAUAUGUUCUGAGGGCAGAAAGAAAAAUGAUAAUCAGAUAGAUAACCAAUCAGAUUGGUUGGUCCCACCUCGUCUACAAUCACAUGUCUUGGUUACCCUUCCCACAAUCUGAUUGGUUCAAAAAACAAUUUUUUGUUCUGUCCUCAGAACAUUUUUGUAAAACUCCACAAGCUACUGUUUGAGUCGUGACACUGGAUUAAGUGUUUCUUUUGGUGUGACGGCUGAGAGUGUAAGACUCAGCCCUGUAACUUGCCAUGAUAGCUAAGAAACAAGUGUGAGCUUCAAGAACUCUCCCCCAUUCAGGACACACUUUUUUUUUUUUUGCUAUUUAAGGGGGUAUGUGUCUCCAUUUUGUCAGUCCGCAGGGGCUUCACUUCCCCAGUUGGCAUGUUUGGGACAAAGGGCACGUUGACAUGUGAGGAACCACAUUGAUGUACAAAGGAUGCUUGAUUUUUACAUUUUAUUUUAUUUUUUCCAUCGUUUUUAUUUUUGUAAUGAACAAAUACAUUUGUUCUCAUUCAUUUUAAGCACUUUAUG